AUGGGCGGUCCAUGUAUGCAGCAAAACAAGUCUGGAAACCUGUUGCCAUUUGGCUCUAGUGAUGCAGCCCCUCAAAGAAAGGUGGAUGUUUUAAGAAAGGCGGUUUUCAUGCGGGCGAAACUGAGAAGGAGAUUUAGCUGCUUGCAUCGAAUUCGGCCGGAGUUUGCAAGCAUCUUUGACGAAUCGGCGCAUCCUGAUGAGAUGCAACGGGCUUGCGAGGAGGUCCUCGCGCGCAGAGAGCACGUUUUGUGGACGGCAGGGUUGGAGCUGGUGGUGGCGGCAAUGUCUUUCCUCGGAUUUGACAUUCGCCGGAGCCCGCUGGUGCCUUGUGUCAGCUCAACCUUGCUUUUGCUGGCCGGUAUUGGAUAUCACGGCGCUUUGGUCCUCAGCCAGGCAGAGACAGUUGUCCACACAUUACUCUCCACUUCCAUAGCGGCGGCGAUUUGUGUCAACUUUGUCAUAGAGACCUUGGCAGGAACCUUUGAGAGCACUGCAAGCAUGCCACCUGUAUGGCUGUUGUUUGCGGCGCUGGUUUUGCCCUACUUCAUACUCAUGUGCCUGGCUGCAACCAGCGUGUUCUUGGGCCUCGCGAUGCACGACCUGCGGCAGAUGUCUGAGGAAAGCUCAAUCAGCAGCGAGGAGCUAGAGAUGCAGGCAGAAAGGGUGCAGGGCCAGGAUGUAUGUUGUGUUUGCGCCGCCGAACGCAAAGAUGCGGCGCUGGUGCCCUGUGGGCACAAGGCAAUGUGCACCGUUGCUCGCUUCAAGUUCAAUCUCGCAGCCUUGCGUGUCCGAUUUGCCGGGAAACCAUUUCUCAAGUUCGAGUAUAUGAGUGAAGCGCUUUCGCCCUAG